UUUAGACUGAUUCGAUAUUGGUUAUGACCAAGAAGGGGGAAGUACUGGAGUGUUCCCAAAUGAGUUCUACACACCAAACGAGUUCUAUGUUUGUAUCCAUCUACAACGGUCCACGCAGCCAGAGUGAGGCAGUGUCUGUAGAGGAAACCAAAGACUCUGCUUAACGCCAUCUGGAUUUACUGAGACCAAUCCGAACUUCUAAACAAAAUGGUGAACUGCAGUAUAAGCACACCGUUUGCCGAGGAUUUUGUAAGAGGGUUGAGCCCUGUCAUGAUGGGCUUCCUCAUCUUCUUACUGGUCAUGUCGCUGUCUACCUGUGCCCUCUUCAUGGAGAUGUGGGUGUACCUGAGCAGGAAAAUCAGCUGCACUCAUGUUAAAGACCGCUGUCUCAUAGUGCUGUCGCUCUUCCCGGUCAUUGGCGUCGCUGCCCAGUUGGGCUUGAUUGUCCCGCGGUCGGCCAUGCUGGCUGACCUCCUCAGUUCAGCCUACACGGGGAUGGCCCUGUUCGCCUUCUUCCACCUGACCGUGGCCUACCUCGGGGGCGAGACGGAGAUGCUGGAGAAGUUGCAGAGCGUGGAGUGCACUCUGCACGUCGGCCCCUGCUGCUGCUGCUGCUUCUGUCUGCCCACAACUCCCAUGGACAAACGAGCCUACAGCAUUUUCAGAAAGUGUGUCUCUCAGACUGUGGUCCUGAUUCCCAUAUUGAUCAUCGCCGUGCUCUGGGCUGAUGGGGAAGUAUUUCCAGGAGAAGGUACGACUGACCGCCGAUCACAACCACAGGGCUAAAUCUGCCGACACUGCUUACAUUGGAUGUUAACACGAUGAACAUUUGUCCGGUCGUCUCAUUUCGUUUGAUUGUGUUUUCUGACAGGUAGAUAUUUACAGUCCGGUGUUCUACCUGAGAAUAUUAAUGACCAUCUCCACCUUGCUGUCGUUGUAUGCCUUCAACGUCAUGGUGAAGACCAGCCUGUGUGUGGCCGACCGGAGUAUCACUUAAUGGCCAAGUACCACGUUAUCCUGGUAGCGGUGAUCAUAAACAGCCUGCAGCCGCUAUCUUUGAACUACUGACCAGCUACGACGUCAUCCCCUGUACAGAGAUGAUCAACUGGCAGGGGAGGGCCUCAGAGUUCAACAACAUGGCCAAGGUCCUUGAAGCCUUCAUCCUGAUGCUGACAGCCAGGGUGUACUACCGUAAACCCUACCCCCUCGUGGACACCGAACUCCUGGCCUUCGACAACUCUCUGCUCUUCAUCCAAUAAGCACUCCACACCACUCCACAUUGUAAAACACACACUGGCCGGUUUGAAGCAUGGUGGAGGCUUUCAAAUGUCCAUUUAUGCAAAUGCAGAUUUUUGUUAUUGUAUAAUAAUUGUGUGAUCUCUAUUUGUGUGUGUCCCUCACAAACUUUGUAAAGGAUCCCUCAACACUCUCUGACCAAAUCUGUGAAUGCCUUAAAUCUGCACAAUGUAACCUUUUCAUUGUUUCUCCACAGAAAAAACUGAUUUAGCAAAAACAUUUGAGUCUCGUGGAUAUUCGUGAUGCACUGCAUGCUGUUGACCAAAAACGAGUCUUCAGUUAACUUUUUGAGUUUUAUGUUUGCUGCGCCCUUUUAUAUAGUGAUGUUACAUGCUAUUGUUGUGAUAAAUUCAACUCAUGCUAACUCUGCUACGACACACAACGAAACCACUAACGCAGGAAUCCUCCUUCUGACCCUAUCCCUGUGUUGAGGAACUCAGCAGCACUCUUAUUCCCGGGGACUCCCUGGGACGUUCCUACCUUUUAGCCGUGCAUGAACCGGCGUAAAUCCCCAAGCCCAAGCCCCUCUAAAAAAUGUACAAAACACAUAAACCAUUUUUUCGUGUCACACAUUUCAGUGAUUCUGAUCCUCCAAUCAAUCUCAAAAUGUGUUAAAAUGCAGCUUUUGUGCAACAGUUUUUCUCAACCCGGCUUGAGUGUCGGUUUGGAUUAAAGUGUAUUUUCAAUGAAUAAUAUAAUAAAGUAUUCUCAAAGCAG